AACAAUCGAUAAUGAUGUAACAAUAGUUGUACCUAUAUUUAUCCGAUCUUCAGAGAUAAGAGACUGCUUUAUUCGGUGUACAAACGGAGAAUGCAUGAAUGGCACAAAUGGAACAUGUGCCUGUAAUGACGGCUGGACAGGAGAAUAUUGUGACAUUGAUAUUGAUGAGUGUGCUGAUUUUCCGUCAGCUUGCAUGAACGGGGGGUUUAUGUAUCAACACAAUGGAUGGUUAUUCGUGCGACUGCCCUCUCGAAUAUACUGGCACCUUGUGUGAAAUCGAGAUGCUAGACUGUGGAGAUCAUGGGCAUAUUUCAUGUAUAAUGGACGGAGGGCUAUGCAUUGAUGGGACUACUGCAUUCUGUAUCUGUGACGACUGGUGGACAGGAGACCACUGUGAUAUUGAGAUGGAUUGCGACCCAACAACCUGUAUAAACGGACAUUGUGGGAAUGUAACGAAUGAAUGUGUCUGUGACCAAGGAUGGACUGGUCACUUUUGUCAUCAAGGGAAUGUGACGCGCCUCGUUGGAGGCACCAUGAGUUCUGAGGGUCGAGUGGAAGUAUAUUGGAAGGGUCAAUGGGGAACGGUUUGCGACGAUCACUGGGAUUUAAGUGAUGCCAACGUGGUCUGUCGGUCGCUUGGCUUUAGUCACGCUCUUGAAGCAGUCAUAUACUCCAACACAUUCGGUCAAGGGAGUGGGCCAAUUGUUCUUGAUGACCUCUUUUGUUCCGGAAGUGAAAUGAACCUUUUUGAAUGCCCGAGGGUGCCUGGUACAGGCAUUGGAAGCCACAACUGUCGACAUGUAGAAGAUGCAGGAGUUCGCUGUUCCGUACCGACAGAAAUCUGUGAUAAGCCAUGUCAGAAUGAUGGCGAAUGCAUAUUCAAUGAAGGAAGAUCCGAGUGCGCGUGCGCAAACGGAUGGAACGGAGAGUACUGCGAACAAGAAAUCUGUGAUAAGGCAUGUCAGAAUGAUGGCGAAUGCAUAUUCAAUGAAGGAAGAUCCGAGUGCGCGUGCGCAAACGGAUGGAACGGAGAGUUCUGCGAACAAGAUACGUCUACAACUACUACAAUAACAACGGAAACCACAGUUGAUCUCACUGCUGACUUCGAGGGAAGGAGUGAUAUGCCUGAACAUGCUAUUGAUACAUCUACAACAGUAAAACCAAUAACUAGUACAGUAACCAUGGUAACAACAGAAACCACAAUUGACCCGAAUGCUGACUUCGAGGGAAGGAAAGAUAUGCCUGACUAUGCUGUUGGCUUGCUUACUGUUGGCAUUGCAGCUAUAUUGAUAUCCAUACUCCUCGUCUCUGUCAUCAUUGUUAAGAAGUUCCCACAAAUUACCAGGUAUGAAUGGCUUACGGUUGUAUUUUAG